AUGACUCGCAACUUCGCCGCCAAACGCAAGCGCGUGCGCGACGAGUACGAAGCGCUCAUCGACGAGUGCCGUGCAGCGAUGGACAAGACCUGGGAGGCAAAGGAGGCCAAAUACACCUCGAAAACAGAGGAUCCCUUUGAAGACAUCCGUGUGAGCGGGCUGCGUUUCGACGCGCUAUUCGAGGACGUCACGGAGCGCAACCAGCGUAUCGAGAAGCUCAGGCACGAGAUGAACUGCAAGCUGAACAAGAUCAGUGAGGUGGGAGCGAGGAUGCUACUGACGCCAGACAUGGCGGAGCAUCGCGCAAAAGGUGAUGCUUUCUCCGUCGAUGUGGGAGAAAGGCUGAAAAGCAAACCAAGCAGAGGGCAGCCGACCAGUCCCCUGUCUCCGACAAACGUUGCAGAGCGCCGCGGGUUCUUCAGCACCGACGAGAUCGAGCAUCCGCAACCACUGACCCCUCCGAUCUCACCCACUGCGACAAUGAUGCCUGCAGUGCCAGCUUCUGCACCGACGUCUACCCUGUCCGAACUUCGCAACGGCGAAACGCCUCCUCGCGAGCCGUCAUCCCGCCCCGUCCUCAAGACCAAGUUCCUCUCCGUCUUGGAACUCUUGACCAAGCAGCAGACUGUCUCGAAGGCACUUGCUGCCGAGAGUAGUUGA